CAGAACUGCGCAGGCGCUUCGUGUACAUGGCGCACGAGGAAGAAAGAAAAAAAUAAGUGUCGAGAAAUAUUUGAUUGAAAGUAUUUAUAUAUGUAAAUUUUGCUCUUUAUCGUAAAUAUUUUUUAAUAAUUAAUGUUGCGUUUAUUUUUUCAACGUAACAUAUAUAUUGGGACGUAUUGUCAAUGGAUGCUUCGAUAAAUAUAUUUAAGGUUACAAAGUUGUAUUAAAUAUGAAAAGGAAACGUAUUCUUUAGUUUUAUUAUAUACGAGACGAAGUAACAAUUUCGUCGGGAUUUUAUGCGAUGGGGAUAGGAAAUAUUAAUAUGCGGCCGAAUGUUAUAUUAAAAUUUUCCUUUUCGGCACCAUUGCGUACUUGCACGACGAAGAAACACCGUCAGAAAUUUCUUAAUAGACAUUUCACUGACGACGUAAAGUAUACCGUGAAAAAAGAGAAAAUCAUUCAUCCCUAUCGCAAGUUGCACCCAUGGAAAUCUCAUGAAAGCUUCUCCCAAUACUUGUUAAAUAAUGUUAUAUACAACAAAGAUGGAUUGGUUGCGAUAAAUAAGCCAUACGGCAUAUCAGCCAGAAAGCCAGUAAUUGUAAAUAAAAAUAAUUCCAAUGUUUAUUCCAUAGUGCCAAAUAACGUGGAUUAUACCUUAGAAGAUAGUAUGCCAUUUUUAGCAGAGAAAUUAGGAUAUACCGAACUAAUUAUAGUUAAAACACCAGAAAAAUUUAUGAGCGGCGUAACGCUAUUAGCUGCGAACGAAACGUUGCAAGAUGCUAUAAAUUCUUCUUAUCAGAGUUCGAUAGGAAUGAAAAUUCUUAAUAAAACAUAUUGGACUAUUACUUCAAGAGUACCAAGUCAAAUAAAAGGAAUGGAACAUUUGUGUAUGUCGAAGCUGUUUAAUCGAUCAGAAUCUGAUAAGAGGGUAGUAAUUGAAGAGAAAUGGAGUAAGAAAGCGGAAAAGCGGCGAGAAAUAAAAGUGUUAAAUAUCGAAUUUAAAAUUAUCUCAAAUUCAACGAACAACCUAAGUUCCUUAAUAGAGAUGAAAGCGUCAACCAUAAAAUGGCAUGCUUUACGUUUGUUCGCUUCAACCAGAUUGUAUACUCCAAUUCUGGGAGAUAAUAUUUAUGGAUCUAGAAUACAGAAUAUCGCAGACAAAUGGUUAUUAGUAAGUCCAUUUGCAAAGAUAAAUAAUAAUUUAGGAGAAGUGGAUCCUAAACUGUUGGAAAUAUUAUAUUUAACUAAAGCUAAACAGGAGCUAAUACCUUGCCACAUUCAUGCUCGAAGCGUAAUUUUACCAAAAUUCAAGGGCGAAUCUUUGACGAUAGAAGCACCGCUAAUAUCGCCAUUCGACUGGACUUGCAGGCAGUUGAAAUUUAAGAAUAUACCCGAAUUAAAGGAAAUCAACGAAUAGAAAGUUUUGAUCGCAAGCUCGACAACAGCCAUAUACAUAUAUGGCGCUGGAAUAUUUUCAUCGCAUGUAAAUCCCAUUUGUGAGACAAAUUUGUGGGACACAGCAAUGAUAAGAAAUAAAAAUUAUUAAUAUUAAUUAUUUCAACAUAUAUUUAAUAGAGAUAUUUAAUCAACUACUUGAGAAAUAUUGUGUAAAAUAAUUAAUGACUUAAGACAUGUUUGCCUUUUAAUAUUCUUCUCAUAAGAAUUCGUCUACCCUCAGGCGUAGACAUCCUUGCAUGCCAUCCCAAUCUAGUAACUCGUUUGUACUCUGAAGGUUUUGGAAAGUUAUACCUCGGUUUCGUUAUGUAGAAGAAUUUUGUUCUGACGGAUGUGAAAUUCCAUUGACACUGAUUCGGUCCAAGAUUCGGUACAUUCAACGAUCGAACGAGCCCAUUGCUUGACGUAUUGUGUCUGUUGGGAAGAGAAAUUUUUUAAUAAUGAUCUCAUUACAUAUGCAGACACUGACGUAAACGAAAUAUAUAAAUAAAUGAAAUGGGACGUACGGUAAUGCAUUUAAAAUGCUAGAAACGAAUCGGCCGAACAUCCUUUGACACGUUUGUCUCUAUUGAGAUACUUCAAAGAUAUGGAGCGUAUGAGGGUUAGUAUAGCUAAA